UCCUCGUGUCUCGGCGCGGGGAAGUGUUUGGCAACGUGGGCAGGCCCUCGUUGCUAACCACCGGGAAAGCGGACAGGCUCGGAGGCGGUGGUCGACCCUCGGAAAGCGAUGCGUGGGGUCGGGAACGGGUGGCAGUGCCGACUCACUCUGUUGCGGCCUUAGAGCGGCAUUUGCAACUGGGCCACGAACAAUUAAUCAAUUACGCUUGGCCUGGUAGUCUGCAGCAGUGCCUCGUGGACGUGCGGGGGAAGCGCUCCCUCCCUCUUCCAUCUGCGUACACCACCGCCGUAUCGACAUGACAACCUUCUCUCGUCGGGACCGGCGCAGGCUGUCUCGUCGGCGUGAAAUCGUGUGGUCUCGUGGCACCCUUACCUGCUGAAGCCGCUGCUUCGUACGCAGGCGCUUACCGCAUACAGCCGAUGAUGUCUGGCUGGUUCUACAAUGGACCGCCUCAGCCCACCAGUCCAUAAAACCCUGGCUGUUGAAGGCCUGAUGUCCUCAUUCCGCCCUCCUCCUCCUGCCUCGUCCUGUAAUUCGACAGAAGUUGUUCCCCGCCAUCGUCCUACGGCCCAAGUCCACGCACUCUCUCCCAUUAUUGCACCGGUCUGCAAUGCCUUCCCACCGUUCUAAUCAGAAGUCGCGGCAAGUAGCUGGCUCUACUCCUUUCAGGGUCAAGUACCUCUGUCCUCACCCCGAGUGCAAGAACAUGCAACCUCUCUCCUGCGGUUCCACCUACGCCCGGCACUACCGCUCCGCACAUCUUAGGCAGCGCCCGUGGCAUUGCACCUCUCCCCACUGCACAUUUGAUACUACGCGGAAGACGCUCCUUCAGCAGCAUUGGCUCCAUGCCCAUAAUGUCGUCGUUGUCCUGAACAAACGUCCUCGCGGUACCUUGCCCGUCGUUCCUGCCCCGACAGAGGUUGAGGUCGAUGAUUUUGACAACAUCAUCUUCCGGCGCCCGGCUAAGGCGCAUCGCUCCUGGUUUUCCCCACAGGCUCGCGAGCUCUCACCAAGCCACGAAGUCGCUCUGAUGGCGGGACAGCUCGUUCUCCGUGCACCGCCUGGCAGUCGUCGUCCCUCUCUUACCGUCGAGACUAACUCCGCCAUGGUUUUCUACAAGGCGCCCAUGGUCAUUCCCUCGGUGCCCCCGAUUCCAAGUUUCUCCGCCCCGAUUGCCUCAUGCAUGGCCCAGCUAGACCUGCAAGAAAUGUACGAUGGCGCCCUUCCCUACGCGGACUACUCGGGUUCGAUGGGUUCAGUUCCCUAUCCUGAGAACACAGUGUACAACUUGUACAUCGAGCGGAGCUCGAGUGUGCCAACCUUCUCGGCUUACGGCUCCGCCACCGCGGUGGAUAGUGCUGUGCCAUGGGCUGCAUGGAUCACACCGACGUCGAUGCCGGAUAAGCAGCCCUACUACACCAACUGGGACAUGCCAAUGACCAUCUCCACCAUGUCCCCCGACCACUAUACGGUCCACUCCACUCCUCUUACUCAGGCUUCCAGCCCCUCUAACUCUCCCACGCCGUUCCCUGAGGUCCUCGCCGACCAACCCGCGUUGGACCCCGAGCUCGAGAGCAUCCUGAAGGACUUCGACGGACUUAGGACAUUCGCUCACUUCUGAUGUUGCUCGUUCAUGUAGGAAGCGGGUAUCUGGGCGCGCUGCCACGAUUAGCAUCUGCAGAACGACCAGAUAUGAGUUGCACGACAACACAACGCCUCUCAACACGAUCUUCAUGAUUAUUUCAGAUUUUAAGGACUACAUAUCAUGGGCUUGCACAUGAGUGGGUGC